AUAAUGAAGAAGAUAAUAACUUGGAUAAUAAUUUAUAUAAUAAUUUUGAUAAUGAAUCAAGUGAUAGUUCUGAUGAUAAAUUAGAUGAUGAAUUAGAUAAUAAAUUAAAUAAUGAAAUAAAUGUUGAGUUAGAUAAUGAGUCAGAUAAUGAAUCAAAUGAUGAACUAAAUGAUAAACUAGAGAAUGAAGUAAAUGAUGAAUUAGAUAGUGAUGAGUUAGAUAAUGAAUUAUAUAAAGAAAUUUUAAAUAAUAAAAGUAAUAAUUAUUUAGAUGAUAAUUAUUAUAAUAAUG